CUAAAAUAAUUUAUAUGCACUACACAGUUGGCGGCAUAUUUGGGAUCGACAUGAAUUUGUGUCACGAUAGCUGUUUGCAAGUCGUUUACUCUGCUAAAAUAACAGCUAAAUAAGUGACUCGGGUGGCUUCUUCUUGAUUAUGGUUAGUUCAUAAUCAAGGGUUUUGAGAUCUCUUUUAUCCUUAUAAUAAAGGAGAAGAGUUCUCUUGGUGGUGUUCCAAUCGCCAGACACACAGUUCGAGUUAAGCACAUCGGCUGCCUCGCCUCUAAUUUUCCGUCUUAUGGUGCCUUCCAAUAUCGAAUACUCGAGUGAUGGUUUUGGAAGACGUUCGUACAGCUUUAAAACGCCUUCCACUUCUAAAAUCCAUCUACUCAGACUGGGUGCAUGACCUUCAAAAAUUGGCAACUCUUUCACAUAAUCAGGCACUUUACCAACUUCGAUAAACUCUUGACGAUUCAUGUUAUUUAACUUAGGUGAAAUAUGUAGUUUUUUUUUAAACAUGUUGUUUUCGUAAGAGGAAAAAAAAUUAAUGUUUGUGAAUUUAAAUUGCAAAAAAAUGGGAUACUUCAACACUUUUCACUGAGUCACUUUCCUAGUAUUUUCUGUUCGUCCUUAACACUUUCUAUUUGUGUCACUUUUCACUUAGAUAACACGUUUUAUAAAAAUUUCUUAAAUUAUACUUAAGACUCACAGGAACAGGUACCACAUUGUCCUUAUGUUUCGGGAUCCUCUCUCCAGUCGCCGUGUCGCUACUUCGGAAAGUUCCGUUUGGGUUGUAGUCCUACUAAGAGUCCUAGACUGCUUCUCCCGAGGAAUAUCGGGUCGAUGACGAUGCAGUUGAAAAUGGUGCAGUUUUUUUCUUUACUUGUGUUGCACUAGUUUUUCUUGAACUGUCUUCGAGGGAGUCCCUAUUUGGGCGCCGGUUAACGAAAGUGUGGGUACGGUAGAUGUUCAACUUAAGUUCGUUUCUUUAUUAGGAACAAAGGGUGAACAAUCCGAUGAGGGUCUCUAGCAGACUGCUUAAUCCUGCUUAAUGUAAAUUACAUUUUGGCUGGACAGGUUUGGGGGAAGGAAUGGUAGAGGGAAGAAUGCUCUCGGUGUUAUGAUACAACAUAACGGAUGCACACAAAGCAUAACAUCGUGAUGAGUUGGGUGGCCCAUGUGUGAGCCUUAGAGGCUAGGGGCCACGGGAGGCCGGAUCCUUCUGGCUCUUCGGCUCAUAGUACAGCCGGUUUGCCAUGGAGUCGAGCUCAUCUCGCAGCUCCUUCCACGUAGGUAUUAGCUGCUGAUUGGCCUUGCGGGUGACUCGUAGUAGUAGUAGUAGUAGUAGAAUUUAUUCGGAAAUAGUAUACAUUACAUUGUGGACAACAUAACAAAACGUAUGUUUUAAAGCGAGUUCAAUUUCUUAAUUUUUCCACGCUGGCUUUGAUCAUAAUUUCUAUGCGAGGUACUAGCUGCCUAGCUUGUUGGGUUGCCCUUGGGGUGUUUGGAAAAGUGUUUCACAGGAAAGAUAAAUUAAAAAACCUGCGGUAGUACAUGAAGUUCGUUUUACCUUAUCCUCAACUUAUCUCUAAACUUAUCACUAACUGUACAAUUAAUGCUAAUCUAUUGGCUAAGACCUAAGACCUUUCACGAGGGCGUGGGGGUGUAAGAGGCAGUUGUCAGUGUACCUCAAUCGAAUUUUAUUCAAAUGAGUCCUUAUCCGUUCAA